AUGCCAAAAAUCAGGUUUGUAUCUUCCCAGGAGCACCAGGAUAUAAAUAGGUCAGUACGUGUUGCACAGUUUGGCGGCAAAGUGCAAGGAGAUGCAGUCUCUCAGGCAGCUGCAGAGCUCCAGCAGUACUGUUUGCAGAAUGCCUGCAAAGAUGCCUUGCUUGUUGGGGUUCCUGCGGGGAGCAAUCCCUUUCGAGAACCCCGAUCCUGUACUCUACUCUGA